UAUUUGUAAUUGUAGCAUUGUGUUUCUUGGCCACUCUUCAUUUCAUAAGAAAGUCCAGAAAGAAACCUACUCCAGACUCCCCUUCAGAUGACCCAUUUUUAAUGGUUUCUUAUGCGGAGCUCCUUAAAGCAACAGAUGGGUUCUCUUCAACUAAUUUGAUUGGUGCCGGGAGUUAUGGCUCGGCGUUUAAAGGAAUUUUGGAUCGCAUUGAAAAAGUUGUCGCCGUGAAGGUACUCAACCUUCAACAAAGAGGAGCUUCCAAGAGCUUCAUGACGGAAUGUGAGGCCUUGAAGAAUAUCCGGCAUCGGAACCUUGUCAAGAUCAUAACUUCAUGCUCAAGCAUCGACUUCAAAGGCAAUGAUUUCAAAGCUCUAGUUUUUGAGUUCAUGCCUAACGGGAAUUUGGAGGAAUGGUUGUACCCAAUAGCAGAUGGGCAGCAUCAGUUGAGGAAUUUGAGCUUCAUUCAAAGGCUAAACAUAGCUAUUGAUGUAGCUUCUGCAUUGGAUUAUCUUCAUCAUCAUUGCCAAACACCUAUUGCUCAUUGCGAUCUAAAGCCAAACAAUGUUCUUCUUGAUGAGGACAUGAGCGCUCAUGUAAGCGACUUUGGGUUGUCGACGUUUCUUUCCGAAACCUCGGAUAAUCCAACAAGCACUGUUUAGAUAAAAGGAUCUAUUGGAUA